UUUAACGUGCGUUUUUUCAGACUAGUAUUGUUACUAUUAUAAUAAUAGUCUAAUAUAUCCAAUAUAUUGUCUAUUAUUAUCACCAUCAUCAGGUAGUGGUAUAAAAUGAACUCCGAAAUUGAAGUCGCACUACCUUACAAGAAGAAGCUGUGUAGUAACUUCACGAAAGGGUCUUGCAUCGCCGGACAAGACUGUACGUUUGCUCACGGACAACGAGAACUGAGGAGUUUUGAGAACCCAAUCUACAAAUCGAUGCUGUGUACUUCGUACGAACAGGGAGGUAUUUGUCAGAUGGGCAAUGACUGUCUGCUGGCGCAUGGGGAGGGGGAACUGAGGGCUGAUGACGUUGUCACCUCAAUGGGCGGGGCGAGUCAGGAUGAGAAUGUUCCCCCUGUGGGGGCAAAAGGAGGUCAAACUGGACAAACGAAGAAGGGACAGUACAAGAGUGCUCUAUGCAUCCACUUCGUGAAACACGGCAGCUGCAACAUGGACACUAACUGUCAGUUUGCCCACGGGAAGGAAGAACUAACCAACACUUCUCCACCAGACACAAAUGACCCCAAAUACAAGACUAAAUUGUGCAUCCCAUUCGAACAGGAGAAUUUCUGUCCUAAUGGGGACUACUGUGUGUUUGCCCAUGGAAAUGGAGAGCUCAAAAGCUUACCCGAGGAUGACAAGAAGGGCAAGGCAGCUGCUCUUUACAAGACUAGUCUGUGCAACAACUUCAUUAACCUAGGACUGUGCCCCAGUGGGAAGAACUGCUCGUUUGCGCAUGGGAAGUAUGAACUGAGACCCAUCGGAUUUGACGGCGAUUUCGAGGCAAAGAUAUCCGAGAACCCCAAAUGGAAAUGUCUAAUGUGUAACAUCUAUGUUCAAACGGGUCACUGCAAUCGAGUCAACUGCGACUUCGCUCAUGGCGAGCAAGAACUGAGAAACGAGUAUCCUGACAACACGAAGCCAAUGAAAGUGAACUACAAGACAGUUUUGUGCAAUAACUUCAAAUCGAGAGGAUACUGCUUCCACGAAGACGCCUGUAAUUUUGCGCAUGGAGAUCAAGAGCUGAACACGAUCAAAGACGCGGCGAGUACUCUUAAACUGAUGCGGGAUGGAAGCGCACUCAGAAAGAGACCCAAGACUUCGGAGGGUGCGGGCGUAUACGGUAGACUUGGUGGCGGUGCCGUAGGUGCGACAGGAGUGACUUCGGCGGCCGAAUCAUCGUCGGCAGACCAGAAAUUGUUUGCCGAGUUCCUGGCGUUCAAGAAGUUCAAGCAGCAGAGCGACAGUGCUGUUGCAGCAGCUCCUCCAGCUCCGACUCCGGCCCAGUACUACAACUCCACUCCCCAAUCUGCAAUGAACUCGACUAUCUCCUCAUACUACACUUCGAUUCUCCCGGGCCCUACUGAAGUAUCUAAUCAUCAGAGCCAGAACCAAGGGCUCUACCAUGCGGGUGGCUUCCGAAAGCUGACACAGACUGCUCCUGCUACUCAGAAUCCGAAUAAUCAGAAUGGAUUCAUGGAGCGACAAAGGCUUCAGUUUAGAGGGCAGCAGGCACAGCAGCCAGAGUUUGCUUAUUGAGAUGCACUUGGCUAAAAAAAACUUGCGAGUUUGCUUAUGGAGAUGCACUUGGCAUAAUAUUUUUUGAGAAGCUUUUACUGAGUUCGGAAGAAUCAAAGCUAUACUAUGUGCAAUAUAAACUCUAUCAUUGAUUAAGUCAUGAUUUAGCUCCUGAAAAUGUACCAUUCGAUUAUGUACUAUUGUAUGUAAUCUCUAUAAAUGCAUCUAAAUGUUGUAUAAAUUACUAAUUUUGGUGUAUAUUUUAUCUGUAUGUUUUAUUAAAUGUUAAUAAUAUACCUUUUUGGCGAUUGAAUGAAAACUUAGGAAAGCAAA